AUGGAAGGUAUCGCCGUGCAGUUGUCCUGUCCGGCCUCACAUAUGGUCUAUUUCGACUCUGACGGGGAAUUGUACGGCGAUCCUCUCUCUGGGAGCAUCCGUCUAUCCGGUCACAAUGAGAUACCCCCACUGGAUUCUCUACAGGUCUCUCUGGUCCGCACUAUUCGGCUCCGUCAACUGCCAUCGGCUGUGGCCACCCGCAGAACGUCCUGGAUAAAGGAUCGAUUGGCAUUAACAAAGUCCAAACGAAACAGCCGCCAUGUCGCUGAAUACUAUUCAUCAUUCGAACAGGAGGUCCUGCGAUGUAAUCUCUCACUGAACCCGGCCUCCUCUACAGUCAGCCUGGAUGGCACCCUCCUCCGCGACUUUGAAUUUGCCCUCUCGUCUCCCACACAUACACCCGAGACCAUUCUCUCUGGUAGUCUAGUGGAGGUCUCCUACGAGCUGGUGGCUUGCGCCACCACGACCACAGGCCACAUCUUGACCGACUCUCAACCGCUGCAGCUGAUCAGACUCAAAAUCCCGGACCUCGGGGAGAUCAUGACGCAUACACGCAGCUUCCCCGAGUCACCGGUGAAGGCCCAACUGGCCAUCUGCCCUCAACUCUCCAGCCCGGACUCCUGCCGACGUUACACGGCCCAAGUGGAACUACGCAAUAUCGCAUUGCCGGCGAAACGGGCCUCGGAAGUCACUCUCCUCGUCGCCGAGAGCGUCUCUUGGCAUGUAGACGAGAUCGUCCAAUGGGACCCGAAAAACGGCGAGUCUGGCAUCACCCAUUCGCGCACCCUAGCCAGUGGGAUCUGCAAGGGACGCUGGACGGCCCCCGAGAAGAUCCGCGCAUCUAUUUCCGACGACACGAUCCGACAGAUGAAAAUCACCGUCCCAUUCGAAAUACUUAUCGACAGCAAAAUCCCCGCUGUCUCGGACAUCGAUGAACGAUCUCCAGGGGACGGUGGCCCGUCCCUGAGCGUCCAUCAUGAACUGACGGUCGAUAUCGUCACUGGGAGAGAGACCGUCAGCCGUGACAAUGGAUCCUUGGUGGCGCGGAAAAACACCGUUCGAGGGUUUGGGGUGACUGUGUUGAUUCCGGUUUAUUCGUGUGCGGAAACCUCGGAUAUUAUGAGCCGGCUGGAUAUGUCACUGGAGGUGCUGCCGGGAUAUGAGAAGGUGUCGAUGGCGCCACCGGCCUAUCGAGAGGUGGACGUAAUGUGCUAG